AAAAAUAAGUCCUUCUGGGGCCAAAGAGAUGGCUCAUUCAUUAAGGGAAGCAGCCGCUCUUUCAGAGGUUCUGUGUUCCAACUCCCAGGACCCACAUGGAAACUGACCACUGUCUGUAACUCUGGUGCCAGAGAGUCUGCCGCCCUCUUCUGGCCUCUGUGGUGCACAGACAUGCAGGCUGGCAAAACACCGUUGCACUUAGGUGAAAAAGUCCUUCGGGCAGACUCUGGCAGGCAGGCCCAGGCCCCCGACUGUUAGAUGGGUAACAAGCUUGGAUCUGGGCUCUGCCUCAUGGCUGCACAGCAGAUGCUCUUAACCACUGAGCCACAUCUCUAACAUCUAACUUUUACAUUUUUCUUACAGAUAAGGUUCAUCAGUUGGAAACAAAAGAUCUUAUGCUACACACAGAGUUACAUCCAAUUUUCCUGUUGGUACAAGCUCAUCUUCUGCACAAGAUACCACUUACCCAAAUACGUUUAGAACUCCAUUAUCUGCUGGAAAUCCCCAGAGAUCAGGGUAUAAAGGUUGGACGCCACAAGUAGGAUAUUCAGCCACAUCCUCUGCAGCGUCUGCAAAUGCCCCAUCAGUCAUUGUAGCAGUGGUGGAAGGAAGAGGGCUGGCCAGAGGUGAGAUUGGGAUGGCAAGCAUCGAUUUAAAAAGCCCACAGAUUAUGUUGUCACAGUUUGCAGACAACACAACAUAUGCAAAGGUGAUCACUAAACUCCAAGUUUUAUCACCUUUGGAAAUAAUAAUGUCAAAUACUGCUUGUGUUGUGGGAAAUUCAACCAAGUUGUUUACUCUGAUUACAGAAAAUUUUAAGAACGUUAAUUUCACUACAGUCCAAAGGAAAUACUUCAAUGAAACAAAGGGCUUAGAGUACAUUGAACAGUUGUGCAUCGCUGAGUUCAGCUCUGUCCUAAUGGAGGUGCAGUCCAGGUAUUACUGCCUUGCAGCUGCUGCAGCCUUAUUAAAAUAUGUUGAAUUCAUUCAAAAUUCAGUAUAUGCACCCAAAUCCCUGAAGAUUUAUUUCCAAGGUAGUGAGCAGACGGCCAUGAUAGAUUCAUCAUCGGCCCAAAACCUGGAGUUGUUAGUUAAUAACCAGGACUACAGGAGCAACCACACUCUCUUUGGUGUUUUAAAUUACACCAAGACUGCAGGAGGGAGCCGGAGGCUGCGAUCCAACAUACUGGAGCCACUGGUUGACGUGGAGACCAUCAGCAUGAGGCUGGACUGUGUUCAGGAGCUGCUUCAGGACGAGGAGCUCUUCUUUGGACUCCAGUCAGUCAUAUCAAGAUUCCUGGAUACGGAGCAGCUGCUUUCUGUUUUAGUUCAAAUCCCAAAGCAAGACACGGUUAAUGCAGCUGAAUCAAAGAUAACAAAUUUGAUCUAUCUGAAGCAUACAUUGGAACUUGUGGAUCCUUUAAAGGUCAUCUUAAAGAACUGUAGCACACCCUUAUUAAAAGCUUACUAUGGCUCCUUGGAAGACCAUAGGUUUGGACUAAUACUUGAGAAGAUUAAAACAGUGAUAAAUGAUGAUGCAAGGUACAUGAAGGGCUGCCUGAACAUGCGGACUCAGAAGUGCUAUGCAGUGCGCUCGAACAUCAGUGAGUUCCUGGACAUAGCCAGGAGGACAUACACAGAGAUAGUGGAUGACAUAGCAGGAAUGAUAGCACAGCUCGCAGAGAAGUACAGUCUUCCCCUACGGACCAGCUUCAGCUCGGCACGGGGCUUUUUCAUCCAGAUGACCACAGACUGCGCUGCUCUCUCCAGUGACCAGCUGCCUUCAGAGUUUAUUAAGAUUUCUAAAGUGAAAAACUCAUAUAGCUUUACAUCAGCAGAUUUAAUUAAAAUGAAUGAAAGAUGCCAAGAGUCUUUGCGAGAAAUCUAUCACAUGACCUACAUGAUAGUGUGCAAGCUGCUUAGUGAGAUCUACGAGCACAUCCACUGCUUGUACAAGCUGGCUGACACGGCGUCCAUGCUGGACAUGCUGCUGUCCUUCGCUCACGCCUGCACUCUUUCUGACUAUGUUCGACCAGAGUUUACUGACACUUUAGCAAUCAAACAAGGAUGGCAUCCCAUUCUUGAAAAAAUAGCUGCAGAGAAACCUGUUGCAAACAAUACAUAUAUUACAGAAGGAAGUAAUGUUCUGAUCAUUACUGGACCAAAUAUGAGUGGAAAGUCCACGUAUUUAAAGCAGAUUGCACUUUGUCAGAUCAUGGCCCAGAUUGGCUCCUAUGUCCCAGCAGAAUAUGCCUCAUUUAGGAUUGCUGCCCAGAUCUUUACCAGAAUCAGUACGGAUGAUGAUAUUGAAACAAACUCAUCAACGUUUAUGAAAGAAAUGAAAGAGAUAGCAUAUAUUCUUCAUAAUGCUAAUGACAGGUCACUCAUAUUAAUUGAUGAGCUUGGCAGAGGCACUAAUACAGAAGAAGGGAUUGGAAUUUCUUAUGCUGUCUGUGAGCAUCUGCUGAGCAUAAAGGCAUUUACACUCUUCACUACCCAUUUCCUGGAACUGUGCCAUAUAGAUGCCCUGUAUCUUAAUGUAGAAAACAUGCAUUUUGAAGUUCAGCAUGUGAAGAAUACCUCAAGAAAUAAGGAUGCAAUUUUGUAUACUUACAAACUUUCCAGGGGACUCACAGAAGAAAAAAACUAUGGAUUAAAAGCUGCAGAGGCCUCCUCCCUUCCACCAUCGAUUGUCUUGGAUGCCAGAGAGAUCACAACACAAAUUACAAGUCAAAUUUUGCAAAAUCAAAGGAGUUCCCCUGAGAUGGACAGGCAGAGAGCUGUGUACCAUCUCGCCACAAGGCUUGUCCAGGCUGCUCGAAACUCCCAGCUGGAGCCAGACAGGCUACGGACAUACCUGAGUAAUCUCAAGAAGAAGUAUGAAGGGGACUUUCCCAGGGCUGUGGACCUUCCAGAGAAGACUGAGGAGUGAUCAGUUCACGGCUUAUACAAGAAUUGCAUCUUAGUUGCUCAGUUUUAUACUUUAAUUGAAAAUUAUAGUAUGUUAACCUCAGAAUGUUCACCUACUAUGAACUCUAGAUGGAAAAUAUUCAUUAGAAUAGCUUCAAAGGGGACACAUUUUUAAAGAAAAGUUUUUGUUAGAAAAAUCAUACAAUAUUUUUCAUUUGUGAAGUCAGAUUAAGUUAUAGUUCCCUAUUAAGUGUAUGUUUAGAAUGUUAACAGAAGCAUUUUGUCUUAAAAACACAUAAUAAAGAGUAGGUCUGAAGGGCACUUUU